AAUUCUUCUUUCUCUAGGUCACUUGGUAUUCUUGACUUGAUGAAAAAAAGAAAUGAUUCUAAAGUGACAGAAUUUGUUCUUCUGGGCCUAUCAUCCUCUUGGGAGCUACAGCUAUUUCUCUUCUUAAUAUUUUUGUUUUUUUACAUGACUGUUGUUUUGGGAAACCUCUUGAUAAUUGUAACAGUGCGAGCUGAUGCUCACCUGCUCCAAUCUCCUAUGUACUAUUUUUUGGGCCAUCUGUCCUUCAUUGACCUAUGCCUGAGCUGUGUUACCGUGCCCAAGAUGUUAGGAGAUUUCCUACAGCAAGACAAGAUCAUCUCUUUUUCAGGAUGCUUGGCCCAGAUCUACUUCCUGCACUUUCUGGGAGCCAGUGAGAUGUUUCUGCUGACAGUCAUGGCCUAUGAUAGGUAUGUUGCCAUAUGUAAUCCUUUGCACUACUUGACAGUCAUGAAUCGUCAGCUCUGCUUUCAGUUGGUUUUUGCCUGUUGGUGUGGGGGUUUCAUCCAUUCUAUCACACAGGUCACGCUGGUCAUACAGCUGCCCUUCUGUGGUCCCACUGAACUGGACAACUUCUACUGUGAUGUCCCACAGGUCAUCAAGCUAGCGUGCACGGACACAUAUGUAGUAGAGGUACUGAUGGUCUCAAAUAGUGGUCUGUUAUCUCUCGUCUGCUUUUUGGUCUUGCUGUUCUCUUAUGCCAUCAUCCUCAUCACCGUGAGAACUCGCUUCCGUCAGGGCCACAGCAAGGCACUCUCUACCUGUGCCUCCCACCUAACAGUGGUCAGCCUGAUCUUUGUGCCAUGUGUAUUCAUCUACCUGAGGCCUUUCUGCAGCUUCUCCGUGGAUAAGGUAUUCUCUGUCUUUUACACAGUGAUCACACCUAUGUUGAAUCCUCUCAUCUACACACUCAGAAAUGCUGAAAUGAAGACUGUCAUGAAGAAGCUGAGAAAAAAGCAUGUGGCAUCCUUCUGCCAUGUUAAAGGAUGAACAGGAAGAUGUGAUUUAUAAAACAUAACUUUCUUGGGACAUUCUUGACUCAUCCUGUACAUGAGUACAUGCAUGAAACCAAUUUGAUGACUUUGGUAUAAAAUCCAGCAUAAACAUUAUAAUUGCUAUUGAUUGCUAUUGAGGCAUAGUGACUUUGUCAAAUGUCAAAUAUUAAAUAGGGAAGUCAGGAAUGUGUAAUGGCCCAGGAAUUGAGUACUAGGCUCAAGAGGACACCUUGAAAGUCCAACUCUUCUAUCCUUUUGUCUAUA